CAGGUGACAGCUGUAUGUGCCCAAAUAAGUAAUAUUUUUAAUUUUUUGGUGUUUUUGAUAUAAAAUCGCGUUUGUUACCCUAGAUUUUUGCGCGGACUUUAAUACUGUAAAAGAUUUUUGCAAUUCUAUAAAGCCAAUUAAAAGAUCUAUCGAAAAACGAUAGGGUCGGUAAAUCAUACGGCCUCUUUAUUAUAGGUUAUAUGACACUUUUCUCAAAAAAUGCUUUAAUCUUAUAAAUUUUUUACGAAUUUUAAGUCCAACAAAACACAAAAUUCUUUUGGAUUUUUAAUUAUGUACACCAUUAAUCCUUUACUGAACUGUAAAAUGUUUGAUUGAGGAUCCCAAUUCUAUUGUAAAUGGGAAUGUUAUUUUUAAUAAUUAUCGUUUCACCGGUAUUCACGAAGGAAUUUGCAGGACGACCUCGACAACGUGACGCGGGUGUUAUGAUACCGCUUAUUACGAAGGAAAACGAGGGUGGUGUUGAGGGGAAAAGAAGACAAGGAUAGAUAACGCUUAUUUAAUAUAUAUUUCACUUUUACAUCUCCGCGAAGUCUAUUGCACGGACUUACGAAUUACGAACCGAUACGCCGGGAUACGAUUACAAAGGCAUGAGCCCUCCGACGCGCGUCCGAUCUCUUCGGAGAUUUCCUCAGAACUCUGUCGAAGCUUCUCGCGCACUCAACUCGUCUCGAAUCUUAAGCAAGAAAAAUCUUUUAUCGAGGCAUAUAUGGGACGAAGGCUGGAUCGGACUCAAACCACGGACCUUGGUGUCAUUUGCGAAAGCCCUGAGCCACGCAUCAUCCCAAAUUGUUUUUCGUAAUAAAUUCCUUAUAGGCUCUACAAGUAGUAUUAGUGAUUCUCAAAUAUCGUUAGAUGGAUCCAAAGAAGAAAAUACAACAUCUCCUUUACCGCCUAUUUCUCCAAAAAGAGAGAACAGUUUUGAGCUUAAGCUCAAUGAUGGAAUGCAAUUAUCUGUAAAAGAUAUAAAAAGGUUUGAAAAUAGAGAAGACGAAUGGAAAAAGCGUUUGGCAAAGAAGGAAACAGAGAUAUUGAAGAGGAUGGAGAAGAAGGAGGAAGAAUGGAAAGUCAGACUCUUGGAAAAAGAGAAAGAAUGGAAAAAAGUUGUAGAGAAACAGGAGAAGGAAAAACGACGAUUAGAGGAAGAGAUAAAAAAAAUAGAAAUGGCAAAACAGUCGCUAGAACAUGCUCUUAAAAAUGCAGAAGAAUAUAAAAAGAAGUUAUACAGCUUUCAAGAAGAUGCAGAACAACUGGAAGGUUUUCAAACACAGGAGAUGGCAAAAGUUAAACAUCUUUUGUUGGCCAAAGAGCAGGAAGUAGAAGAAAAAACGCAUCAUUUAAAAGCUGCUACAGCAGAAAUAGAAAAUCUAAAGACAGAAGUUUCCCGACUUAGACGAUACGAAGACGAGUUAAACAACAUACAGGAUGAAAUGGAGACGAUGCGUCACUCCACGCAGCGAGAGAGAGCACAGCUUUCGUGCCAGUUAGCGCAAACAGAAGAGGAGGUACGUCACUUGAAGGACAAGGUGUUCGUAUUAGAGCAGAGGAUCGCUCUCGAAACGAACGAUCAAGUGACAGUCGAUGAAAGAAUAGCCGAUCUGAUGCGCGAGAGGACAUUACUAGAGAGAAAGCUUGAAGAGGCGCAUCUUCACCUCUCCGACAUAAAAACCAGUUGGUCAGGCAAGAUCUCCAGUCUCGAGACGCAGGUUGGCAGGCUUAGCAGACAAGCCGGCGAGGAAGGACUGGAACGCAGGCGGGUCGAACAGGAGAAAGAGAGGCUUAAACAGAGAAUCAAGCAGCUAGAGACCGAGAUAGAGGUGAACAACGUCGUCUUAGCGACGAAAGACGCCAAGCUUUUGCGCAUGACAGAAGACAUCGAUGAGAUGGCCAUGGAACUAAAAGAGCUCCGGGCCAGCGUCGAUGAUGAGGUGGAUGAAUUUAAACGGCAAAUUGUGAGUUACCGCGAUAUGUAGUGACGACACGAAGAAUGUGCAUGAGUUAGAUUGUCUCCGAAAAUUUUUUCCUAAUUCCGAUUCCAGAAAGACUUGUUUCUAGAAUUGGAAUAGAGAGAGAUCGUCAAACAAACGAUCACAAUUCACAAUACUGAAUUGUCUGUAAUAUGUAAAACUCACUGUUGGCCUGAAGAUUACAAUCCAUUUUCAUUGUUAUAUUCCAACCUUAAAGUGCAACAAUUGUACGAUAUAGCAUAUAAUUUUUUAUUCUGAUCAAAAACUAUAGUAUAAUACAUUGAUGUCUAGAAAAAUCCUUCAUCGACUGAUUGUUUUCAUUGGUUUUAAUAUCGGGAGAAAGAAAAAGACAUAUGCACGUUAGCUAUAUUUUUAAUAUGCAUUUAUCGACAAUAGAUUUAGCAACUUUAAGCGUUUUUUAAUCUUUAUUACAAUUUGCAAUAUCUUAAUUCUUCUUUAAUAUAUGUCGUCGAUUAUCCCAUUAAAUUGUAUAAGUUAAUAAAUCUUAUUUUCUUUUACAGAAGAAAUGCAUUUACAUAGUUUUUUGCAAUAUAUUUUUCUUGUUAAAAGUUUUCCUAACAUUUCAUAUCUUUUAAGUUUAUGAUCAAUCAAAGUCAGCGAAUAUAAUGGUCUAAAAUAAUUAUAGCACGGUAGAUGUCACUUAAUAUAUAUAAUACAAAUAUACUAUAUGUAUUAGCUUUUGGUUAUUUAUAAUUAUUCUUUUUCCUAGAGCUGGUUUAAUAUCGAUACAUAUUGCAAACAUAUUAUACAUAUAUACUGUGCCAUUAUUGACUUUCAAAUUUCCAUAAUCAUUUUUAGUAGGACAAAAUAAUUUUAAUUACAUAUAACUUUCAAUUUGAGUAUAUAAUGUCUAUACAUAUAUAUUUUUUUAUAUGGAGAGAAUGCACAAAUGUUGACAUUCAAUUAAUGAUGUUAUAUCAUUUUUACAUUGUUUUAUUUUAAUAUAACUAAUUUUAUAUUAAACGUUCGUAUAUACAGAGUGCCCCAAAAUUCCCACAUGUGGAGUACAAUACAUAAAUCUUUAUGCUAAAAGAAGCAAUCUUUUUUCUUUAGCAAAAUUACGAACGACGAGUAGUUUUUGCAGCAGAGCAGAAUACAAAUGAGCGCUCUUGUCUAUGUGGGGCUCAGGGCCGGCGCACGCUCUUCACUCACUUGUACCUAGUUCUUGACCUUUUUCAUAUUGUAUUGCUUAAAAUAUGAUAAGAGUUAACAAAAUAAAUGAAAAAUAUGUGAAAAUUUUCAAAAUAUCAAUACAGUUGUUA